GUCCACCUAUACACGUCCAUGGUAUGUCUGUCAUUCCCUUGUAUCUGAAAGUGGCUCAUAAUAGACAGACUGACAGACAGCUGUGACAUGUUUAGCAAGAGUCAUGUCUGCAGUGACAACGAAUGCCAGAUUCCUGACGGAGGACACAAAGGUGAUGUUGGUUUUGCUCACCUUGAUGGGACUUGGGGGAUAAAUGGAGUGAAGAUGGAUUUCUUCUUCUCGAACCCCGCUAGUGCAGGUCCAGAAAACCCCUACAGGAUGUGUAGUGUAUGAAGGAGCAGAGAGUGGUUCAUAGUGUCUAAUGCAGCAGACAGGUUAAGUAGAGUAAGGCAGAAACAUCACCACUGUCAAGGGCUGAGAAUAUGUUGGUGGUCACUUUAAUUAAAGUAGUUUCAGUUCUGCGAACAGGUCUGUAUGCUGACUGACAUGGGAGCUAAUGCUCUUGUCAGUAGGCCACAGCUGUGUCAACACUACUGGAGUGAGAUGGACACACACUGUCGUCAUCCUGAUGUUCUCAAUAUCAGUGAUGAUGAAAAUAUCGAGGUGGUGAUGUUAUAAACUCUACAAUGUCAAUACUUCAGUGACUGUUAUACAGAAAUGUUGAGUUGUCGUGGGGGGGAAACAUUGCAGUCUCUUGUUCUCAUACGACUAUGCUGAAUUGGUCGGUCGUGUUUCCACUUUUCACUUUCAUCUUGGAGAAAGGACAGAAUUCCGGAAAUUUUAUAAUGCACACAAAAUCGUCUCCAUUCAGAGGCAAAAUUUUAUUUUAUCGUUUUUUUUAAAUUUUGCAACUCUGUAUGAGACCUUAAGUUACACGCUUUGGGAUGUUUUGUGCAGGUAGCCCCAACCCCACCCUGUUUCUCACCUGUUCGCGCGCGAGCUUAGUGACUUUCACCUGCCGCUGAGGCGUGCCAAGAAUAGUGUAUGGAGUGAAGGGCGGGAGAAGAGGAGGGGAGACAGAGAGAGAGAGGGUGAGAAAGGGAGAGAGUAUAUAAAAUAAAGCGGGGGAACAGAACGCGAAUUUCCUCCCAACCUUCAUUGAUGUGGGGUGAGCGGGUGGUCUGCUUUUCAUCAUCGAGAAAAAUCGACGACCUUUGUCUCUCAAUCGCAGGAGGUCAUAGUAGAGAUAUUGCAUCACCAGGCUGGUGACAACCGAUGUCCUCUCAGCUCAUUUUCGGAAACCUUCCAGCCAUUUCGUGGUUUACGGUUCAAAACAUUUUUCGAAAGGUGAAAUAGUUGUUAGCUAUUGUCUUCGACUUCUCUGAGCACUCCUGCUGCUGCCAUGAAGACUGUGACUCAGUAAGACAGGGCAAGAACUGAAGAACUCACCCUUCUUUGUGAACUUUGUUUAUCUCGCAGGAAGUCAUCAGAUAAAAAUAAAUUACGGUUCAACGAUAUCAAGACCGAAGCUUAAACUUCCUUGCUUUGUGGUCUCAGUUUGUCAAGAUGCUACUGCGACUUUAUCGUCUUAGAAUAACAUAAGUCUUCCAAGAAUUCUUUAUUCAUCAUCGUGCAGCGGUAUUCUUCAUGUGAUUACUUGACUACAGUUAGCAAAGCACCUGUGAAGGUCUUACUACACUGACAAGAACAUCAUUGACAACAACGACCCUGAGUCAGGUACGGGAAAAUAUCAAAAAACUUUGAACGUUCGCUUAGAACAUCUUUUUUUAAAGAACUGUUUUUGCCAAAAACAUUGUACUGGAAAAUGGCUUUACAACAAGGGAAAGAGCAGGUCCUCCCUGUCCAGCCAGAAUGGACUUGGUUCAAAAUCCUGUUCGUUGUCUUCCUUCUUCACCUCGCCAUGAUGACCGGUGCACAGCCAGUGAACUCUCACCAAGUGUCCGACUCUACGACACCACAUGAAGUUCAUCCCUCUGUUCAUCGCAGCAGCAGACCUCUUGUCGACAAUCCAAACCCCAGCUUCCGGUAUAUGUACAAGCUUUACAGAAUGAUGGCAAGACAAGACAAAGACUGCUGUGUACAAUACAAGGGGGACAAUCAUAAAGCAGAAACCAUCACAGGGAUUCCAGGUGUUGCAGGAGGCGACUUUCCCAACCGAUAUUUUUCCUUCAACGUUUCUUCCCUCGACGACAGCGACAACACAACUCUUGUUCAGGUUGCCGUGGCAACGAGGUCGUUGCGUCAUUCCGCCUGCCAUGUUAGCCUUGAUAUCGUACAGGAUUCUAGCAUUGAGCGCCCGACCUGCCAACAUAACCCUUUCAACAUCAGUCAUCUAGAUGUCUUCAAUGUCACCUCCGCUGUCCAAUCCCGUGUGGCGUCACGAGAUGAGGACUUUAAGGUCUACAUGGCAUCCGCAGACUUUAUUCGCGUACGAAGCGCCACCUUAGUGGUAUUUCGCAAUAUCCACCCCGACGAGAUCAUGAACCGCCAGUGUCAGCCUUGCUCCACAGGACACGACAGUAUGGAUGAGGAGGAAAACUCGUCGUCCAUAAUACUUCCUCCAGCCACCCGACUGGAGCGUCGCAGGCGAGAUACGGCCACCCUGAUGGGACGCGUGGUUCCGGAAGAAGAGGGGCGCAAUCUCACCAGGUUUCCAAGCAGAGGAAAGGAGGACACCGGCAUCUCAGGGCUUUUCGGGCAACAUCCACUCAGCUCCAGCCUCUCCGCGGACGAUCGCAUGCGAAUCCUUCACGAACGGCGUCGACGCUCUGCGGAACAAAAUGCCAGCGCCACCUACGAGCGAUCUGAUUCCGUUUGCCAGGUGACGGACCUAAUCCUGCAUCCCCUGUGGGACUUAGGCAUAGUGGGUGUGAUCUCGCCCGAACUCUUUCGCAUCAACUUAUGUUGGGGUCAAUGUCCAACGGUCCUGUUUCCCCACGCCGACAGACCGUACCACAGUUACCUGACCAGCUUCUUCACCAUGUACUUCCCAGAGGAUGCGGCGCACAGACAGCCCCCUGUUCCACUCCCGCGAUGCAUUCCGUCGGCAUAUAGUCCAAUGUCAGUGAUUUUGGUGACUAACAACACCAUACAAGUGGAGCGGUGGCGGGAUGCCAUAGUUCGACAAUGCAAGUGUGUGUAACUGCUCGCGCACCAUCAGUUUGUUUGCUACUUCAUUGCGGAGAAUAGUCUGUCUAAACGAACUACGCACAGGCAUUGUGACACAUAUCACCUCAGCAAAAUCAGGUCACAUUUAGUAUUCUUGAAGAACGGCUGACAAAAUAUUCGUGAUGAAUCCUUGUUGGUUCUUAAGAACGUUUUUAAGAAAACUACAAACCAAACAGACAUGUUUUAGCUCUUCACGAGUGAACGGUGACAUUUCAUGUUUUCCGCGGUCUUGAUCGAGUACAGCAGCGAUGCAAAGCCUCGUCUACCCUUUAACAAAUAAUGGUAAAUGUCAAGAUUUGAUUUACAGAACUGCGAGGAUUUAAUUUGAGGAACAGUUUCGAUCUGAGUUUUGUGCUUGAAUGUACCACGUGACUAUACCAUCUGACAAUUAGCAAGUCUUAGCAUGGCAAAGUACUGACAUCGUUGUACAUGAGAGGCAACUCUUACCGAAUGACAAUCAAAAAAGAAACUUUGGCUAAAAUCUUACAAGUGCUUGGAACAGGGUGAGAGUCAGAGGUUUCUGUAAGCAUCGUGGUCUCCUUCGUUCCAUUGUGUCCUGUUCCUGGGAGGCACAGAAAAGACAGCUGGACGUCCGGCUCUCCACAGUAUUCUCUCAAGCAUAAGAUGAAAACAAGGCCUUCGCAAUCGGGCUGUGACAGGUAGUUCAAGACAAUCCGAGCCUGUGACAUAUAAUUCAAGACAAUCUGAGCCUGUGACAUGGAGUUCAAGACACUCUGAGGCCGUGACAUGCAGUGACAUGUACUUCAAGCUCUGAGCCCGUGACGUGCAGUGACAUGCAGCUUACGUAGUUUGUUCACCACGGAUUGAGCCUUCUUUAAGACUUCUACUUUUCAUACUUAGUGAAUUGUUUCCUACUUUCGUAGCCACGAUAUCACAAGAGGUCAUGCAUAUUUUACAUGUAACCCAUCAAUGUAUAUUUUCAAUCAGCUUCAGCUACAUUAUUAAUGCUUUUGUCGGUGACUUCAUAACCGUUUUACUGCUUGUAUGUAAUCCACUUCACAAAUUUAGACUUUAACUUUUGGGUAAAGAGCAAAACAAGAAACAACUUUCUUCUAAACCAUUUUCAAGUAAAAACUUUUUAUAAACCGCUUGUAGAAAGCUUUCUUAAAACAGGUAUCUAGAAACAACGAAUUUUCCCAAUCACUUGUAAAGUAAAGGCAAACAGCGCUCUUCAUCAACCGUUUAAAGAAAACAAAUUACUACUCUGUCUACAGAAAUAGCACAGUUUGUUUCAAACAUUGUGUCGCUUCUUUCUCGAAUUUUAUGUUAAAGAGCGAGGCCUGCCUCUGUAAGUCUUGACUGUAGUGGAAUGUCCGUUUUGGAUAAGUCCAUCGUACAAUAGACAAUAGGCAAGUAACGGUAGACAAUAGACAAGUGGGCAAGAUCACCAAUGUCCUCGAAAAACAAUCAGAGAAUGUAGGCGGGAUUGCAUUAUACCCGGUAGACCAAAUGAAUGCUUUUAUAUUUAGAAAAGCAACACUGUAUAUCGUAGAUCAUCUUACAAUAAAACCGUAGACUGUAAGUAAGUGCAUUUCCCGGCCAGUCGUCUCAACGGCAACAAUGGUUGAACUGUUGCUGCCCUGCUGUAUGUAAAGUCGAGGUUGCACAUGUUGCACGUGUACUUACACGCAGUGAUGAGAAGGGUCACGUGCAUGCUCAGCGGUGUAAGACCCUCCUGUCGGUCGCUCACAUUCCGUGCAGUGCAAAGCUGUAAAGACAGGCUCGCGAUCCAGUCCACAAUCUGAACUUUUCAACUUUCUGACCUACAAAACUGUAGACAGCCAGCUACUUACUGCUCAGGGGGCGCUGUGUGCGCAAGAUGUUCCUGGCCAAGAAUAUUGCAGAAAUGUUUAACUACACACACAUUGGUCAAAAGUAUUUAUAAGCUUUAAAAACUGGUUGCUAUGGAUCUGUAGUGUCCAUACCUUUGGUCCACCCCGUGGCAUUUGAACCUUGGCGCCCGUCAUGGUCAUCGUUGUUAUCAUCGCCAAGACUGUAGCUAUUUGUCCUUACAUGAACCUCAUUUUGUUCAGUGAUGAGAAUGUAGACGAUGGACUGUCGAAAGUUAGCUGUUCGUGAAAAACAACCACUUCUGCGGUUUUAUUUUCUAUAAACAGAGUUUUACACCGUAAAUCGCAACUAACAGUCUUGUUAACAUCUCGUGCUGAGUUAAACUAGUUCUGCUCCACCUUUCAUAAUCAUGCUCACCUAGAACUCACUCAUCGGUUACAUACGACUGUUAAUAAAUGAAAUGUUGAAUGAUCAAAUCAACUGCUUCAUAUUGAAGUGCAGUUUAAUCAAGCAACAUAUGACUACACAGUAUUGUGAAUCGGCAUUGCUCUUAUUCCAAUCGUUCAUCUACUCCUAUGACCUGCGUAUUAUUCAUUUAGUCUGAUGAACUAUUUGUUCCAAUUACCCAAUGUUUUGUUCAAUGUUUCUUCUCAAAUUUUUGCUGCAUAAACAUUGCAUUUAUUAUAAUAAUUAGAAAGUAGAUAUUCACUGUCUCUUCUGUUCUUAUAUAUAUAUAUAUGACGAUUACUUAUUUUUCAUUAGGAUUAUUUCUGUUACUACAUGAAACUCCUAUAUUUGAGGGUGAAGGGUACCUUUACAAAAGUAUAUAAUUGUCAUUAUUGGAUCCUCAGAUCAGUCCCUGUUUAUGUUGUUAUUUUUCUGAUAUCAUACACAUUCCUCUAACUUACAUAUCAUUUUGCAAUAAUUAUUUUUAGUCGAAUAUAUUAUUCGAACAAAUUAUGAUAUAUUUACUUAACUGUUGUUGUAUGCUAAUAAACAAUCU